ACUGGCGCUCGGCGCCUGCGCUUCAGUUCAGACUUCUUUGAGACUCCGCUCAAGAAGGUCGUGUUCAGCUCUAGCUCAGGUUGGGCUCGCGUACGUAAUUACCGCUACUCACGGGCCUCGAUCGUUGGCUUCGUUCCACUGUGGCCAAAACCAAAUCCCCACAAAAUACCAUUAAAAAAUCAUCUUCAAAUUGGAUUAAUAAUCUGCAGAUCAAUCUAUCUAUACCCUUGCUUAAAGGCAAUUAAGGAAGUAAUUUUGUUACCGAAGCUCUUCGUGGAUGUCUAUGUGGAUGUCGCCAGCCAAAUAGCGCGAUGCGAUGCAUGCAACCACACGAAACCGCUUGAAAAGUCGCUGUUAAAGCGUCAACAGCAAUUGCCAUAAUUGCCAUUGGAGCAGCACACACACACGGACACACGGACACACUCCCAGAUACAGAGGAGUCCAAUAACCGCUGGACAAACAUCCAACAACCAGCAAUCCAACACCCAACCCGUGCCCGUCCCCGUGCCCGUACCUAUGCCCGCACCCGGACCAAUUCAGCCAUCAAAACGAAACUUGCCACACGAGCUAUCCGAGGCAGGCACAUAGAAACACACACGCACACACACACACACACACACAAAUCCGCAAGUCCCACUGAAUUGUAACAUAGACGGGGAGUCGAGCUUGAAAAUCCCCAAAGCCAAAACAAAGUCCAAGACCGAGAGCAAGAGCAAGACCAAAAAACCAGUGGGGAGAUCAAUGAACGCGGCACGCAGCUGACAGCAGCAGCACCACCAACACCACCAGCAGCAGCUCAGUGAAGCAUAGGAAAGGCGCCACGGACGGACACCAGGCAGGGGCGGCGUUCAAGUUCAAGCAUCAACUAUUCCGACGACGACGGCAAGCAGGAAGUGCCGCGGCUGCACCUUAAUUGGAGGCAGUGUCAUUAGCACCAAAAACAACAGCAACAACAGCAACAGAAACUGCCUCAACUGAACAACAACAACCAACCAACGCUCAUCCUGCUCGAUGUAAGAUGUUACUGACCGACAACAGCAACGAGCUCCACACAAGAAGCAACAGCCGCAGUCGCAGCCGUAGCCGCAUCUCCACCUGGAGAUGGAGCCUGAUCCAACUGUUUGCCCUUUGCUGGUGCUGCCUCUGCUCAGUGCUCAGUGUUGAGGCGGCCACACCCACCACAUUGUCCACGGGGCAACUGCUGACGGGACAGCAGCUGCUGCCCUGGCAAUCACCGGCGGCGGCGGCGGCGGCCACAUCCUCCUCGCCCUAUGCCACCGCCACGUUGGCGCCCACGGCUCGCAAUCUGUACGCGCCCUUCCAGCGCUUCAGUCAGCAGGACGACAUCAGCUUCAAGGAUGUGCGCCAGCGCAGCGACGGCACCAUUGUGCAGUCCUUUGGUUCCUAUCGCACCGCCCGCCAAUUGGGCGUGCCUGCGGCCGCCGCAGCCCAGCGCCGUUCCGAUGCCGCCGUCGAGAUCAUACCGGCGCCCUCGGUGGAGCUGCCUCAAGGCGACCUGAUCACGAUACCAAAGCAACUGGUGCCCACGAUGCCGGAGAACGUGACGCGGCAGGGCAGGCAACGCAACUACAUGUACAUCCCCCUCCAGACGGAGGCAGAUCCCGAUUCUGCCGGAGCCCUCCUUCAACUGCGUCCGAGCCGAAAUGCCACGCUCUCCUCGCUGGGACCGCCUGCCGAUGGAGUAGCCGCUGUGGCCCAUCAGUUUGCAGCGGAAUUGGCCACUCAGGGCAGUCCUGAGCAGAAGCCGCUGGAACUAGAGCCAGAACGAACGGAACGCAGCGAUCUGGUGGCCUCUGCCAGCUCCACGGACAAGCUGGAGUACGCGGAGCCGGAGAAUACCAGUCGCCGCGUGGGCUUCCAGUUUCCCAGCUACAGCCUGAAGCCCGCGAGUCCCUUCCAUCCGCAGUCCUAUCGCGAGGACAACCCCAUCUUCGGGGAGACCAGUGGAGCGGGGUUCGAGCCGCAGCCAUACAGCGAGGAUGCCUCGCCCACGCCCUCCCAGUACGAGGGGCACGAGACGCGCCACACGCGCCAGCUGUACUUCGACUCGGACGUAUCGCCCUCAAGCUUCGAGUUCCCGGGUCUGUCGAGCAAUUCCAAGCCCCACGGCCUCAAGCUCUAUCGGGAUGAUGUGACCAAGUUUGGGGACAUCAACGGACCCAUCACGGCCCUCCCACAGCGUCCCCAGCGUGGCUUCUACUUUGGAGAUACGGAAUUCCGGACGGGACCUCCCGCACCCAUCCGCCAGUUUGGACCACAGAAGAACUUCCAGGAGUACGUGGGUCCCAGCGACUAUCAGGGCUCCCGCAAGAGUCGCUACUAUCCGUACAAGUCGUCCCGCAGUCCCCGUGUGGUGUUCCCCUCCAACGACAAUGUGGGAACCACUGGAGUCAGUGGUCCGGCGGGCAGCAGCGGACCCUCCGGCACAGGAGUGUACUUCAGCGACAACCUCGCCUUCAGGGAUCAGAACUUUGGAAUCAACGAGCUGGCCGCCGUGCAGGAUGUGCGCAACGAUUACAGUCUGCAGGAGCUGGAUAACGCCUCGGAAGCCACCAGCAGUCCGCAGUCGGCGAGCACGUUCAAGGAGAAAGUCGACAUCACAACGGACAUGGAGUGCCAGAACCGCGGCGGCACAUGUGAGUUCUUUUUGGGCUGCUGGCUGUCCGGUGGCCUCAUUCAGGGCACCUGCAACGGAGUGCUGCGAGGCUGUUGCCACCGCACGGCCAAGUCGGCCAAUCUGCGCAGCUCGGACUAUGUGGGCAACACCGUAGAUCUCACAGAUCUGCCGCAAAAGAACUACGGACCGGUCAACAACGAACCCAGUUGCGGCAUCUCGCUGGCCAAGCAGACCGCCCAGCGCCGCAUCGUGGGUGGAGAUGAUGCCGGCUUCGGCUCCUUCCCCUGGCAGGCCUACAUACGCAUUGGAUCAUCCAGAUGCGGAGGAUCGCUGGUAUCGCGCCGUCAUGUGGUCACCGCCGGGCAUUGUGUGGCUCGGGCCACUCCUCGUCAGGUGCACGUCACACUGGGCGACUACGUGAUAAACUCGGCCGUGGAACCACUGCCGGCUUAUACUUUCGGUGUUCGUCGGAUCGAUGUGCAUCCGUACUUCAAGUUCACCCCGCAGGCGGAUCGCUUUGACAUCUCAGUGCUGACGCUGGAACGGACCGUGCACUUCAUGCCACACAUAGCCCCCAUCUGCCUGCCCGAGAAGAACGAGGACUUUCUGGGUAAAUUCGGAUGGGCUGCCGGCUGGGGUGCUCUGAAUCCGGGCUCUCGGCUGCGUCCCAAGACGCUGCAAGCCGUCGAUGUUCCGGUGAUCGAGAACCGGAUCUGCGAGCGCUGGCACCGGCAGAACGGCAUCAAUGUGGUCAUCUAUCAGGAGAUGCUCUGCGCGGGCUACCGCAAUGGGGGCAAGGACUCGUGCCAGGGCGACUCGGGUGGACCGCUGAUGCACGACAAGAACGGGCGUUGGUACUUGAUCGGUGUCGUCUCGGCCGGGUACUCGUGUGCGUCCCGUGGCCAGCCAGGGAUCUACCACAGCGUGAGCAAGACCGUCGACUGGGUAUCCUAUGUCGUUGGCCUCACGAUGAACAUCUGAUGGAUUUACUACUAAUUUAUUCUCAUCGCUUCACAUUCGCAAUCGCAAUCGCACCUGCCUGGUGCAUGAUUUUGUACAUAAUUCACUUCAUUCUGCUCACUGAAUACUGAAUUCUGAUCAAUGCUAACUCUAUUUAUGAAUACAAACGAAUUAUAACAUUUAAUGUAAUUGAACAAAUUAGCGCAGUACAAUUUAGCGGAUAGAAAUGGACGGUAUGUACUGCAUAUGUGCAUGUGUGAAUCUGUAUCUAAAAGAUGCUCAUCCGUGCGACACUAGUGCAGAGCCAGCCCUAAACUAAUUAUAAUUAAUGAUUAAUAAUUAUGGAUUAAUUUACGUAGUCAUAUGCGCUGUUAUGUAAUUUUAAUACUAUUUAUGAACUACUACAUUUCGUGUGUAAAUAAAUUAUACAAAUGUUGAAAUGAA